CAUCACUUAUAUUGGCGUUCCCGUCCAUCUCAUCUCGCCUCUGCCCUUUGCCUUGCUCCAGUGUCACUCCUAACUAAUCCCAAGUCCGUCGCUGCCUUCUUCCCCACAUCAUCGUCUUCUUGGGACUCCGUCCGUCCACGGGAGGAGAGAGGCCUGGCCAUGGAUCCCCCGACCGCCCAGUCCAUGUCCGCGACCGAAGACUUCCAGGACAAGAGCCUGGACGGAUGCUGUUCCUGCUGCUACGACUGCUGCUCCAACAUCCUGGACUGGAUCUGCUGUGUUUGAAACCGAUGCUGCUUCUCGCCGGCGUCCCACUCCUUCUGGCCGCCGGAAGCGCGUGAGUUACGCCGGGGUCUCUACAUGUUACGCAGGUUUUGGAUGUUCCUUUUUAAAACGAGGCCUUUGGAGUAAUCUGUAAUCUGAAUCUCUAAUGAACUUCAUUAGGCAGCAAAGGCAAUUUGGGGACCAAUUGCCGGAAUGUUGACUUAUCUUCCGCUACAAAAGAGUAUAUAUGCAGUAAG